UUUAGGGUUCAGGGUUCGAUCCCGGUUGACGGCAAUCUUUUUUCGUCGCUCUCUAAUUAACUUUUUAGGCAGAAUAUCAUUAAAUGAAUGUCUUUACUCCCAUUUUUAUUUUUAUUUAGGUGCUGAUGUUGGAAUGUACCUUAAAUACCAUCGCGGGACCCUUUACAAACGCUAUCCUCAACUUUGGAAAAGAAUGGCUUCUGUGGAUGAAAAGAAGAAAAUUCAAGAAUUGGGAUGCGCAACUUCCUAUAUUAAUUCUAAUAUUAUGCUGGUUAAAGCUAGUGAAGUAGAAGAAAUAUUUGAAGGCCAAGAAGAGAAAUAUCGCUCUGGAGGGGUUGGCUCUGGCAAUUAUAGCCGUUCAGAUGCCGCAAAUAUUAAAAAUCGUGGAGGUCCAGCCCCUUGGCUUACACAACAGGUCACCAGUGGCUCUCAUCAUCUCGAAUCUGUCCCUUGCUCUACUCCAUCGGCCCAUAGACGUGGACAUUUUCGAAAUCGCGAUUAUGCAUAUGCUGCCGAUGAUUUGGAGAAUUACAAACGUGUUUUGCAAAAUGCAGAGACUGCUGAAUCCUUGGUUCCGAUUAGGCUUGAUAUGGAGUUGGACAAUAUUAAACUUCGUGACUAUUUUUGCUACAACAAAAACGACAAAUUAAUGACCCCUGAAAUGAUUGCUGAAGUUCUUUGUGAAGAUCUGGAUUUGCCCUUAAACACAUUUUUGCCUGCAAUUGCCCAAUCAAUACAUCAACAAAUUGAAGCACAUUCUGAAGCUGUACCUGUAGAUGAACAAACUACUGAUCAACGAGCUCUUUUAAAAUUAAAUAUACAUGUUGGGAAUCAAUCUCUAGUAGAUCAAUUUGAAUGGGAUAUGAGCGAUCCAAAAAAUAGUCCUGAAGAAUUUGGGCAAAAAUUGUCUGCAGAAUUGGGUUUGGGUGGAGAAUUUGUUGCUGCUAUUGCUUAUUCUAUUAGAGGUUACUUUAAAUUUUUUUGUAGUUUUUGGUCACUGGGAUUGUGUCGUGAUACCAAGCGCAAUAAUACAGAAAAAUCGAAAACGAAACAAGAGUUAGGGCCACGGGUCGGUCAAUUAUCCUGGAAUCAACGUACUUAUGCAUUCAGUGAAUCUCCAUUACCAACAGUAGAAUGCCCAUUUCGCAACCCUAGCGAUGCUGAACAAUGGGGGCCAUUUUUGGAGACAUUAACUAGCGCAGAAAUUGAAAAGAAAAUGCGUGAUCAGGACAGAAAUACUCGAAGAAUGCGUCGUUUAGUUAAUGCAAUUCCUUAUAUUCCUUGA